AUGGCCGCAAAGAUUGAUCAGGACGCGUUUGAGCGUCGGUUCAGAGACUACAUCUACAUCCCGGCCGGUCUCCUCGUUGUCGGCACCAUGAUUGUCAAGAUUGACUGGACGCCGUAUGCUGCUCUGCUGGCCGUUGUGCUCGGCACUUGGAAUUACUUCAGCUUCCAGAUCAAGAAGGUGCUGAAGCCAGACGUCUUCCAGGAGUUCCCUCUUCAGGAGAAGACUGUCAUUUCUCACAAUGUGGCCAUCUACCGAUUCAAGCUCCCCUCGCAACAGCACAUCCUUGGUCUUCCCAUCGGCCAGCACAUCUCCAUUGGCGCUCACCUUCCUCAGCCUGAUGGAACCGUCAAGGAAAUCGUUCGAUCGUAUACCCCUAUUUCCGGCGACCACCAGCCUGGAUUCGUCGACCUCUUGAUCAAGUCUUAUCCUCAGGGCAACAUCUCCAAGCACAUGGCCUCUCUCCUGGUCGGCCAGACAAUUCGCAUUCGUGGCCCCAAGGGCGCUUUCGUCUACACCCCCAACAUGGUCCGCCACUUUGGUAUGAUUGCCGGAGGCACUGGCAUCACUCCUAUGCUCCAGGUCAUUCGCGCCAUCAUUCGUGGACGUGCUACCGGCGACAAGACCGAGGUGGAUCUGAUCUUUGCCAACGUCACUGCCCAGGAUAUUCUUCUCAAGGAGGACCUCGACGCCCUGGCCAAGGAGGACAGCGGCUUCCGCGUUCACUACGUGCUGGACAAGCCUCCGGAAGGCUGGACCGGUGGCGUUGGCUUUGUCACUGCCGAUAUGAUUACUCAAUACCUCCCCAAGCCCGCCAGCGAUGUCAAGAUUCUCCUCUGUGGUCCCCCUCCUAUGAUUAACGGCCUGAAGAAGGCUACCGAGGGUCUCGGCUUCUCCAAGGCUCGUCCCGUCAGUAAGCUCGAGGACCAGGUUUUCGCUUUCUAA